GGAGCCGCCCCGCGCCGGAGCCGCAGGGACAGCCGCCACCCGGGGCAGGCUGCUGGCCCCGGCACAGCCAUGAGCCUGGAGCCCCACAAACCGGAGAUCAAGUCGGCCACGAGGGUGACCGGGGGACCCGCCACCCCCCGGAAAGGGCCACCGAAAUUCAAGCAGAGGCAGACGAGGCAGUUCAAGAGCAAGCCACCCAAGAAGGGGGUGCAGGGGUUUGGCGAUGACAUCCCGGGAAUGGAAGGGCUGGGAACAGAUAUCACCGUGAUCUGCCCUUGGGAAGCCUUCAGCCACCUGGAGCUGCACGAGCUGGCUCAGUACGGCAUCAUCUAGGCCGGCCACGGCCACCGCAGCCCACCCGCCCCGUAGCGCUGCUUGUUUAGGAGCUGCCCUAUUUGCGUAGCAGGGCACAGCCCGGAAAAAUACUCAUUAAAACCCAAAAUGAGUGCAGGAGCCUGGUGUCAUGGUCUGGGGUUGGCAGGGACGGGGCUGGAAGGCGUCUCCUCAUGCCACGGGUGCAGGGAGCCAGCGGGAGGGGAUGUAGUGAUGGGAUACAGACACAGUUGGGGCUCAGCUUCUGCGGAGGUUUAUUCUGGGCAGCGUCAGCCUGGCCUGCAACAAAGGAUGGAGAGCACAGGGCGCCCCAGCCAUGCUCAGCAUCACCCC